AACAGUGCGUUUCAGCCGACCCAUCACAUCAAACUGCUAAAGGUCAAGGCUUUGAGUUUCUUCAGACCAAAACACAGCGAAACAGGGGAGAAUAGGUUAUAGAUAAAUCGAUUCAAGCUUCUCUGCUGCUCAUAGAGAGUAACAAUGGCUGCUACUGAAGAAGUGAAGGAUGUUGAAAGAGCGAUUGAGGAGGCCCCUGUUGGUGAAAAGAGAGAAAGAGAAGAGGAAGCUGAAACAAUGGCGCCAUGGGAGCAACACGCGAGCAUCAUAAGCAUCCCUCGUUUCGAUUACACAGCUCCCUCUUCUCUGCUUCAUCAUUCUCAUUCCGGCUUCCUCGUCACCUGCAGCAUCAAAAGGGAGAAGAGUGCUACCAAAGAGGUCAUGUCCAUCCUCGGAAAGGUGUUACUGCCCUUAGGUGAGGAGAAAGGUGAGGUUUUGAAGUCUUCUGAUGCAUCUAAAAGACUAAAACUUUGUGGACAAGAGACGGAAGAAACAGGUGAGAAUCCAAAUGCUGAGGAUCUCAAACCGGCCAAAGAGAGUGUUAGUGAAGAACAAAAGUCUCUCAUGUCAUUGGUUAAGCUGACAAAGAGUGGCUUGCUUCUUUUUACUUUCCCUGUUGACAACUCUACGGAUACUACAGAUAUAGUGUCGAGAGUCUUCCCGUUUAUGGAAUCUGGAGCUCUGAAGGCACCAGUCUGGUGCCAUCGGAUAUUCCCUGUUCAAGCUACUUGUGCUUUAACAGAGAAAGAACUUCAGGAAACAGUAUCAAAGCUUGUUCAGCGGUUUGUAGAUGAUAAACAAAACACACUCUCAACACCAGUGAAGUUUGCAGCUGGGUAUAACCGAAGAGGUGUGGAGGAGGCGAAAGGAAAGAUUCAGAAAGCAUCAGAGGUUCUAGAUCAAUGUCCUUUGCUGGACCGCACUAAAUGCUUUGAAACUGUGGCGGCAGGAGUGAAAGCCAUUGUACCAGAUUCAGUUGUGGAUCUCAAAUCUCCGGAGUUAUGUGUUCUGGUGGAACUCUUACCACUCUCUAGAAUACCAAAUGGCUCCUAUGUAGCUGCUGUUUCAGUGCUUCCACAUAGGCUAGUCAGCACAAAGCCGAAACUCGCCAUCAAGCCUCUAGUCCCUGAGACCAAACAGAAGAAGGGACAAAACUGAUGAAUGUAAUGGCAUAACAGAGCUGAAAAAGAUCAGUUGAAGUUGAAUCUCUUUGUUUUAGUUUAGCUUUUUCUCAUGGCAUUUAACAUGUUUGAUGAGCAAUGUUGUGUAAUUUCAAGAUCUUUCAAAGGUGUUUGAUACUUCAAAAUUACAAAAGCAAUUCGGUUUAAUUGGAUUCCGGUUUAAGUAAAACCCUCAUGGACUUGCAAUCAUAUAACGUUACUUGUAUUUGCACUCUGGUGCGAGUAAAGUUUUAAAAAUUAUAAUAACAAACAACAAAGAAAGAAGUGACAAAUACAAAAGUGGAUCAUAUCCUAAACCAGUAACCACACUUUAUCCCAGACUUUUAAAGAUAUUAAGAUACAAACAAACUCAGAAUGAAUCAGACAAAUAAAAAAAAA